AUGAAAAUCCAAGAACCUACUAUUGUUUUAAACCAUGUGCAAGUUACUGAGUUGUUCAGAGAUAACCGUAAUUUGCAACAUUCCUUUUUAAAAUGGAUCAUUCUUGCUUUGGAAUCAAAAGACAAACAGGAACACGCCAACGAUGAUAUCGAAAAAGAAUUAGAAGUUUUAAAGCGUGAAAUACUUGAAAUUCAAAUGGCUGGAAUGAUACACCAAAAUGUGUACAACGAGAGCCUUGAUCUUUUAAGCCAAUGCAACACCUACAGGCAAACACAAGAUUCUAACAUACGAGACUGUGUGUUCGAUAGAGUUUUUAAAUCUUUAGAUAUGGAGGUUAACAGUGCCGAGAACAUACUCUUUUAUGUAAAUCAAUUGACGAUUUCUCAGCGAUUGGUGAUACGUUUCAUGGUUCAUCAAUUCAUCCAAGCACAAGUUGCAUUUAUCAGGACCACCUCAAAGGCCCAGCAAUAUACAAAGCGCUCAGAAUUAGAAGGAUAUCAUUGCACUACAAAUCCUUAUUACAGUGAUUUAGAAAAAACUUCAACGAAGCUUAAAGACGAGAUCGACUCAAAGGAAUCGUUGAUUGCAAAGCUAAGUCAAGAACUACAAGAAAUAAAGGUUCAAAUGGUGCAACAACAACAAGGGCUUGAAAACGCGAAAAAGAUUCUUGAUGAGCAGAUCGAGCAGAAUAGUAAAAUUUCAAAUGAAAAAGAACAAUUAAAAGAACAUUUCAAGUCAGAACAUGUGCAUAUGCAAAACGAAUUAGAACGAAUUAGACGGGAGGUCGAAUCUGCCAGAAACGAAGCUGUUAUUUAUCAAGCCCAACUUGGAAGCGCCAUUAAUAUUCGUUGGAGUGAUGAUACCUUUAACAAUCCUAUCCAGUUAACAAAGGAAAUUGAAAAAUUAUGCCAAAAG